AUGGAAUUUCUCAAGAUGCUAAAGUCAGUUGUGCUUGUAUUCACUCUUGCUGGCAUCUGCGUAAAUGGAUCUCGUGUGAUAGAACUCACAGAGAAAUUCCUGGAGAUCAAGGAAGAUGCACCAUGGCUUGUGAAGUUCUAUGCACCCUGGUGUGGCCAUUGCCGACGGCUGGAGCCAGUAUUCUAUCAAGUUGCGCAGGCCCUUGUUGGGACAGAAAUCAAGGUGGGGAAACUAGAUUGCACACGCUUCACAUCUGUUGCCCAAGAAUUCAGCAUCAAAGGCUUCCCAACCAUCAUGUUCAUGAAGGGGAAGGAGGUCUUCACUUAUUCAGGUGAUCGGAGCAAGGAUGACAUAUUAGCCUUUGCCAAGCGUCUGUCGGGCCCAGCUGUCAAGGUCCUUGCAACUUGCGCUCACCUUGAUGCUGUCAUCAGAGGGCAUGAUCUCUUCUUCCUCUAUGUGGGAGAGAGGACUGGUACUCUAUGGAAUGCUUUCCAGGGUGCUGCAUUUGCUUUCCAGGAACGUCAUUCAUUCUAUGCUGUUGAUGCCAUGUGCCUCAAUAAAUUACAUGAGCCAACAGUGGUGCUGCCAGCUGUGUUUGUUCAUAAGGACAAAGUUUAUCAUGCCAUGCCACCUGUGUCGCAUGAUGUUAGCACUAAGGCUCUUAAUGAGACUGUGUAUCAAUGGAUCAAUCAUGAGAGAUUUCCAAGUUUUCUCAAAGUCAAUCAUGGGAACUUCUAUCAGCUGCUGAAACUGAAGAAAUGGCUGGUCAUUGCUGUUCUUGAGGAAGAUACCCUUGGAGAUCUUACGAAUGAGAUGCUCCAAUUGCAGGACAUCAUUCACCGCCUUGCUUUGCAAGAGGAAGAGUCUUUCAGACAGUGGUUUCAGUUUGGGUGGAUGAGCAACCCUGAGAUUGCCAAUUCUGUUGCCAUGCAAAAUCUGGACAUCCCCUCCAUCCUUGUUAUCAAUGCAACAACUCUACAGUAUCUUCUGCCAAAUGAUGAUAUCAAAAUAGAUGAGUCCUUCAGUGAAUCUCGUUGUGCAGACUUCCUGAAGUCGGUUCUCAACUUCUCUGCCCCUGUUUAUGGUGGAGACACCUAUCUGAUCAAUGCUUAUAGAGCACUGUUCAAUGCAAAGACAUCCUUGUUCCAAAUGUGGGAAGGGAAUCCUGUGCUCAUGUCUGUCUUGUUUGGCUUGCCUCUUGGUUUCCUGAGUCUGAUAUGCUAUUCUGUAUGUUGUGGGGAUAUUUUUGAGGCUGCUGAAGAAGAGACAUUACCUGAACCACAUGAGAAAGAGGAUUGA